AUGGAGGAUAUUCUCACGGCCGUCUCGGCCGAAGGCUCAUCGAUUAUGCCCCAGCUGGCACCACAUCUCAGCAGACACCUGUUGUUUCCGCUCAUCCAGUUCGAAGGAGACAAGGCUGAGGAGAAGGGCGAUAGCGACAUGGCCAAGAAGAUUUUGUCCGGAAAGAUUAAGCUGUUGGAGGAUACCAACAUGACUGAUUAUGUUGCGACUCUGUACUGCGAACUUCACGGCGUUUCUGACCCGCCUGCCGAAUAUACCAAGAAGAGACAGGAUGUUUUGGCGCAGCUGGAGAAAUAUGAGCAAGCCACUGCUAAGAUUGCGGAUCUCUUGACGCAGGACGAAGUUGUCAACGGUCUUCGAAGUGACAAGGUUGCCAACUUGGAGUUCUUGAAGAAUCAGCACGGAGUUACUAUGGAAAUGGUCAACGCCCUCUACGACUUUGGACAGUUCCAAUUCAGAUGCGGCCAGUACGGUCCCGCAGCCGAUAUGCUGUAUCAGUUCCGAGUUCUCUCCACCGACAACGACAAGGUCUCUGCCUCAACCUGGGGCAAGCUCGCCUCCGAGAUCCUCUCCACAAACUGGGAGUCAGCCGUCGACGAGCUCAAGAACGUCAAGGAGGGCAUAGACUCCAAGCUCUUCAACAACCCGCGCGCGCAGCUCGACCACCGAACCAUGCUGGUCCACUGGUCGCUGUUCCCCCUGUUCAACUGGGAGGGUGCUCGUGAGCCCAUCCUCGACAUGUUCUUCUCCGCUGCCUACAUCAACACCAUCCAGACCUCGUGCCCCUGGAUCCUGCGAUACCUCAUCGCCGCCGUCAUCACCGGCCGCACCCGUGCCCGAAACAGCUCAACGCAGCAGAAGCAGCUUAAGGACAUUGUCCGCUAUGUUCGCCAGGAGGCCUACGAGUAUGCCGACCCCAUCACUCAGUUCGUCAAUGCCCUCUACAUUGCACACGACUUCAACGCCGCCCGCGAGGCCCUCCGCCAGGCUGAGGAGGUCUGCCGAAGCGACUUCUUCCUCGCCUCUUCUGCCGACGCCUUUGUCAAUGCUGCCCGCCACCUCAUCUGCGAGAGCUACUGCAAGAUCUUUAGCCGCAUGAACAUCCGUGACCUUAGCGCCAAGCUCGGCCUCAACCCUGACGAGGGCGAGAAGUGGAUCGUCAACUUGAUUAGAGAGACGAGACUGGAUGCCAAGAUUGACAGCCAGGACGGCACUGUCAUUAUGAACCACCCGCCCAACAAUGUUUACCAGCAGGUCAUUGAGAAGACCAAGGGUGGAUUUUUCAGAACGCAGGUUCUCAACGCUGCUGUUUCCAAGUAA